AUGGCACACACUGCCAAGUUUGAUGUUCCAAUCAGUAAAGAUAUCACUAGCCCAUUCAGGGGACCAGUCCCACCACUAAUUAGUCACACUGGAAUCCUUCAGGCCCAACAACAGUCAGUGCAGAUAAUGGCUGCCAUUAAAGAGGAUGAGGCUUUUAACAAGGCUAAAAUAGAAGAAAAGGCCACUUAUGAACACUGUGGCAGUCAAAAUAUAUAUGUGAACAUAGCAAUAAAUAUUCUUAAGAAGCUGAGAGGCCAAGAUGUGUCUGGAAGCAGUAACGACAAAAAGACAACUGGAUUGAAAAAGAAUGAAAAGAAAAAUGUGCUCACAGGAACUAUUCUCUACAGACAUCUUAAAGACUACCUUCUAACUGAAGAACAGUUACAUGAAAAUAGCUACCCCCAACCCAACCCUGACAAGCCAGGAAGUGUUCUUUUAAACCCAGGCAUGACAAAAAAUUCUUGUAAAAUCCUUCUAAGAAGAUUAGUAUGAAUGUGCUGUCGAUGUGGGAAGAUCUAUGGCGUGACUUCCGCAGGCAAACACAGCAGGGUAGAAGAAUGUCAUUACCACUUUGGCCAAGUGUUGAGUCACAAAGUCCUUGGUGGCUUAGAAAGGCAGUACAGCUGUUUUGAAGGGGUCCUUGGAUCCCCCAGGUGUCAGGUUGCCAAGCUUCAUGUUCAUGAUCAAAAAGAAAACCUAGAGGGCUUUGUGAAGACUUUUGUUAAGUUCCCACACCCCGACAGGUAUCACAGUGUAUUAGCUGUGAAUUAUGAGAUGUGCUAUACAGUCAAAGGUUUGGAACUUACUCGAGUGACAGUGGUUGAUCACAGCCUCCAGGUGGUCUAUGAUACAUUUGUGAAACCAGAUGAAGUCAUUGACUAUAACACUAGGUUUUCUGGUGUGGUUGAAGACGACUUGAAGAACACAAAAACCUCAAUCCAUGAUGUGCAAGCCAUCUUGUUGAACCUGUUCAGUGCUGACACUGUACUAAUUGGACAUAGCUUUGAACAUAGUCUCUAUGCACUUAAAACUCAUACUUCAGUUGUGGACACGACAGUUAUGUUUUCUCAUUGGCUAGGUUUACCUCACAAAAGAUCCCUUAAGAGUCUAGUGCCUGACUACCUGAGGAGAAUCAUUCAGGAUGAUGGUCACAAUUCAAGUGAAAAUGCAACCGCCUGCAUGGAACUGGUCCUAUGGAAGGUAAAAGACGAACUGAAAGGAAAGAAGUAA